GUCUAUGUCUGAUCUUGCUUUGACUGCCUCGGAGUUUCCCCCAAUUUGUGCUUUAUUUAUAAUAUGUUCUCUUGUGUGGAUUUUUCAUCUCAGCAUUGCCUUCUAACCUGGUAACCCUAGGACUUUGUGGUGCUCACGGGGUAUCUUCCCCUGUCUGCUUGCCUUGUUUUUUACACUCUGCAGGCUGCCUGGAAUCUCACCAAUAAUGGCAGGCUACUAGCAUCACUGCAUGCUGGAAGAAUUUUAAACAGGUCUGGGCAAUGCCAUCUUUUGAGUGAAGGGCAUUGAAUGGUUGUUAGCUGAAGUGGAAACGGUUUGUGAGCUGCGAAAGUUUGGCGGAAGCGGCAAGCAGUGAUGGCAGGACAUGAUUCUGGACAUGAUCCUCAAUUCACAGGAUUUCAAAAAUACUUUAAUUCUUACACCAUAACAGGCCGAAGGAAUUAUGUACUAGCCACAUAUGCAACCAUUGCACUGAUCGUCAUGUUCUUCAAAGGAAGAUCUAAGAAACAAAAACCAGCUGUAACAGAGAAAUAAAACUGGUUGUUCAUGUGUUGAUAGUGAACUUUCAAUGUUGUACCAGUGCAGCCAGCAAAAACUGGUGUAUAGUUCAAAUAAAUCAUGAACAAUGAAA